UAUAACUCUAACAAGCCACAGAGGCUGGCGGUGAAUGCGGAAGUCGACGUAAAGCGGAAUAAAAAUAAUAAUAAUUUGGGAUUUUGCGUGAAGACGGUUUUGUUUGUCGUAUAUUUUAUUUACAAAGGAGAGGAAAAAUGUGCAAUGGUUGUGUACACAAAGAGUAUCCCAACCGGGGAAACACGUGUCUGGAGGAUGGUUCCUACCUGAUGAACUACCUGUGCUGUGCCAGCUGCCACCAGAGGGACUUUGUGCUGAUCAGUAACAAGGCCACAGAGGAUGAGGAUGGAGAGGAGAUCAUCACAUAUGACCAUGUUUGUAAAAACUGUGAUCACGUCAUCGCAAGACAUGAAUAUACUUUCUCUGUUGUGGAUGAAUAUCAGGAGUACACAAUGCUGUGUAUGCUGUGUGGAAAGGCUGAGGACUCCAUCAGUGUGUUACCAGACGAUCCCAGACAGUCUGCGCCUCUUUUUUAAUACCCCAGAAAAAAGAAACACACACACACACACA